UCAAAGAACAGAUUUACUGAAAUUCCUCCUGAUGUCUGGCUGUUUGCACCACUGGAAACUUUAAAUUUGUAUCACAACUGCAUCAAAUCCAUUCCAGAAUCUAUUAAAAACCUGCAAAUGCUCACCUACCUUAACAUUAGUCGAAAUCUUUUGUCGACGUUGCCAAAAUACCUGUUUGAUCUUCCACUGAAAGUUCUGGUUGUCAGUAAUAACAAGCUGGUCUCCAUUCCAGAGGAAAUUGGGAAGCUGAGAGAUCUGAUGGAGUUGGAUAUUAGCUGUAAUGAACUUCAGGUCCUUCCCCAGCAAAUAGGAAAAUUGCAGUCACUUAGAGAAUUGAACAUAAGAAGAAACAAUCUCCAUAUGCUGCCAGAUGAACUAGGGGACCUUCCCUUGGUAAAGCUGGAUUUUUCGUGUAAUAAAAUUACAGAAAUUCCAAUUUGUUACAGAAAGUUACGUCACUUACAAGUUAUACUUUUGGAUAACAAUCCAAUGCAGAUACCACCAGCACAGAUAUGUUUAAAGGGUAAAGUACAUAUAUUUAAAUUCCUCAGCAUCCAGGCGUGCCUCAGAAUAGACAAAAAACCAGAUUCUUUGGAUCUUCCAUCAUUAGGUAAACGAGUCCCCUCCCAGCCACUCACAGACAGCAUGGAGGACUUUUAUCCCAAUAAAAAUCAUGGACCAGACUCUGGCAUUGGAAGUGAUAAUGGAGAUAAAAGGUUGUCCACCACAGAACCAUCUGAUGAUGAUACAAUCAGCCUUCACUCCCAGGUAUCAGAAUCAACAAGGGAACAGACAUUAAGGAAUGACAAUCAUGUCAUGGGAAGCAAACUCGAUCCACAGAAAGACCAGGAGGCCUAUGACUACAUUGAUCCAAAUGCAGAAGAGGGAACUCUUCCUGAGCAGGGAGAUGCACAGAUUGGCACAUUGCUCUCCUAUGUCAAGGAACGGGGAAAACAUCCUGAGAAAUCCCAGAAAAUAGAACAGAAUGAGGACUGGGGAGAUGAAAAAAGGCUUCAGAAAGAACAGCUGCUGGCUGAAGAUGAUGAUGAACUCAAAGAAGUGACUGACCUGAGAAAAAUAGCAGCCCAGUUACUGCAGCAAGAACAAAAACACAGACGAAGGCCUUUAAGCUAUAGAACUUCAUUCAGUGAGAAACUCUUCCAGAGGACAAGGGCGGCAGGACGUGCAUCCAGGCUUCUUAAUCACUCAGUUUCAGUAAACACAAGGAACAGGCCAAAGCAGCCAAUGGACUCUGAAAAAUGUGUCUCAGCAAAUGAAGUGAAUUCCCCAGUGUCCCCAUACAACUGGCAGCCACUGGAAAACCAGAAGGAUUCAGUGAAUGAGCAGCAUUGGCCAGAAACACAGCCAGUGAUCUGGCAGAAUGAAGAAAGAAGGAGAAGUAAACAAAUUAGAAAAGAAUAUUUCAAGUAUAAGUCUUCCAGAAAGAGUUCAAGUGGAAAUGAAAAUGAUGAGCAAGACAGUGAUAAUACUAAUGUGUCCCCACAGUCUCCUGUGUCGUCUGAGGAUUAUGAAAGGACAGAUAGUAACACUCAUGGUCCAUUUGGUCUCAAACCAAGGUCAGCUUUCAGCCGUGCCUCACGCCAGGACUACGGUGCCGUGGAUCCUGGAUUUACAAUGAGGAGGAAAAUGGAACAUUUGAGGGAAGAAAGGGAACAAAUCAGGCAGCUUCGCAAUAACCUUGAGUCAAGGUUGAAGGUGAUUUUGCCAGAUGACAUUGGAGCAGCGUUGAUGGAUGGGGUGGUUCUUUGCCAUUUAGCCAAUCACAUAAGGCCACGAUCUGUUGCCAGCAUUCACGUCCCAUCGCCAGCAGUGCCUAAACUCAGUAUGGCAAAGUGCCGAAGAAAUGUUGAAAACUUUCUCGAUGCUUGUAAAAAACUGGGCGUUCCACAGGAGAGACUUUGCCUGCCUCAUCACAUUCUGGAGGAAAGGGGUCUGGUGAAGGUUGGCCUCACAGUUCAAGCUCUGCUUGAAUUGCCGGCAUUGAAAGUAUCUCAGCUCUCCUCUGUGUGACGUGACUUCUUGGAAGCUCGACAACUUCCCAUUUGCUCUGUUGCUAUGGAUUGCUCUGAGGCAGUUCAGCCUCCUAUGUGGGAACACCCAAGCCAUCAAAAACUAAUAUCUGUCCAGAUGCUGUAGAGAGCCUUACUCUGGAGCUGUAUGUGAAAACCUUGGAGUCAGUUCACAGUUGAAAGACCAUAAUUAAUCUUUUUUUUUCUUUCAUAAUUGGAUGUACAAAGAGGUUGUGGUAGCAUCAGGUUCUCUUUCUAGUUAAGUUAAAAGCUGCCAUUUGACAUCUGAGUGUUACAGUUAAAUGCUGGAUUCCUGUUUUUACAUCGCAAAUGUUUGAAUUAUUUGAGAAGUACAAAGCACACCCCCCGUCACUUUAAUCUCUCGAGUCAAUCAUUUGAUUUAAAGGUAAGACAACAAUGUAGCGAUGGUGUGAUGGUAAAAAUGAGCAACUGAUCACUUGUAAUCCCCUUUCACUCUCUGAAAGCUUAAUAUUUGCGUUCUUUAUUUUUUUGCACUCCUGAUUGUAACUUACGCACUUCUAACAUUGCCAGUAUUGAGUCUGAGUGUCUGGUGAUUACACAAAGCAGUAUACAAUGGGAAAAGGACACGUUUUAUUGAGUUUUUCCAGUCUUCUAGGUUGGUGCCAAAUAUUUUUUUUUUUUUCAGUUGUACUGUAGAUUGUUUACAUGUGAAGUGCCUGUGUAAUUGAUAAUUCUUAAUAGUCUUAAACAUUUUUGAAAUUUCCUUGUUUAAAAUAGAUGAAAUGGAAAUUUUUUAAUAUUUUAAUAGUUUUUUUGUAAAAUCAGUAUGUGAAGAUUUAAGUAAUACUUCACAUUUUUGAUGUUGGGUGUUUUAAGUUUGUUGCACAAUUUACUUGGUUAUUUGUUGUCUAAUAAUUAGAAAAUACUGUAAAUACUUUUUAUUUAUGAUAUUUAAUUUGAUAAUACCUAAUUACUUUUGGUUUAAUGUAUUGUUGGACAAAAAAAAAACUGUCUACUUUUCUUUGUUUGGGACAAACAAAUACAAUGAAUAAGACAUGAGGACUAGUGAUUCAUACAGAGUAAUUUAGGACAUUUUGAUAAAACUGCCAAAAUCUCAGGUUUACGCUGUGAUGUUCAGGAUUUUGUGUAAUAUUGCUCCUGAUCUCACAUUACAUUUUUACAACAGGUAUAUCCAUAAUUUAGUUGGGAAGUAUCAGUGUUUCUCUUUAGUGUUUACUGGGUUUCUUGUGUAAUUUUACAUGAGUGUGGUACAGCACUCUGGUCAGUUUGUAGAAAUGUCACUGUGCUGAGACAUGAGAUUUUUCUGCAUAAAUGUGAAAAAGAACAAUUUCCACUGUGGUGGUUUUUCGAAACUUCUGAGUUUAUGUGUUUGUUUGCUUCUGCACAAAUUCUUGGUGUUUUGAGAACAUUCUGAAACCAUGCACAGUUGAGAUCUUCUCUAACCAAAUUGCAAAUAAUUCCAUAAAUUUAAUAGGAAAUCUGUUUGUGUUAGUUUGUUCUUCAUGAACAGGUAGCUCAAUUAUAAAAAAAAGGUUUUGACUGUCACAGAUUUUCUAUUUUCUAUUAUUAUAUUCUAUUUCAAUUAUUAUUUUCUAUUUUCAAUUGUAUAUUUGAUUAUUUUCGAUUGAGGGAUGUGUUUGCCAAGCACUUAACAAGAUUUGAUUCUGUUCUUUCCAAUUGAUCAAGACCCUGUGUAAUACUAUUCAUAAAAGAAUGAUGGAGGAGUAUUGUGUAGUCCUUCUACUGUAGUCCCUAAAGUCAAUAGCUGACAGGAAAAAGAACCUUUUUCUGAUGACAAGUUUAAAAAAAACUUCAACUUAUUUUUAAAUCCAUUAAAACAAACUGGUGUAUGUGUAAUAGUUAAAAACCACUAUUGUUUAUAUAGGGUUUUCUUAAAAUACAGCUCAUGGAGAGGCUGGUGUAUAACUCAAUUUGCAAAGUGCUAGGUGUAAAUCUUAGGUUAGAUAAAUAUGUGUUUAAGGAAACUGGAUUGUUUUGACCUUUGAAAUAUGGUAUUUCAAAUCUCUCUUAGCUGGAUUUUGAAUCAUUCCUUAAUACUCAUUUUAACAGCUUCAGUCUCUGAUUUCAUUAAAGGCAGUAUCUAAAAAGUCAUGCAAAAAAUAAAACUAAAAAGUAAUAUAAUUCACUAAGCAAAAUGCUUGCCUGCUCCAUUUGAAGAACCCAGCCAUUCAAAAAGAGUAAGUUCCUGUCUUUUGUUUCAUUGUUGUUGCUGAUACCAGAGCAAAGUUCUAGUUGUGUGAGCCAUAGAAUUGAGAACUAUAAAUUAUCACUGUCAGUUAUCCGUCUUUAACUGACCUCCACUAUUUCACUGUCACAUUUAAAUAAGUUUUCUGAUCUUAAAGUAGCUUUUUUUUCUUUCCUGAACUAAUUUUAUAGUUACACCACAGUGUAAACAUUAAGAAUUCUCUCGAUGUAGCAUGCCAGCCACUUUCCUCCUUCCUCCUCAUGUUUUUUAAGAAAUUGCUCCAGUGGCACUGGUGAACUACUGUAGUUGCAGAAUCCCUGCUCCAAACAUUUACAAUGUUUGAGGUGUUUUGUUUAGGAUGUGAUGCCAUUACUAAUACCUGCUACAGCUGAUAGGAUUCUUAAAACCAGAGGCCUCCUCAGUUCCUUUUGCAGUUGCUCAGUUUUUACUUAGGACAUGAAGAAGAGUCACCAUUAAAAGCUUCAGGAAGCUGCCUUAAGUUUUCCUGAUAAAUUAAUGGGUUAACCAGGGUGCUUUUGUUAUUGUGAAUGCUCUUCAAAGCUACUGCAAUAAUGUGGUAUGAACUGUAAAUUAGAGAGUGAAUCAACACAGUGACAGGGCUUCUGGCCUGGUGUAUUUUGUCUGUGUUUUAUGUCAUUGGAUGCAGUAUGUCACAUAUGAAUGAUCUUUCAUUUAAGCAAUAAUGUCCCAGAUAUGGUGAGAUCUUAAAGCAGUGACAUUUGCUGUUGUGAAGUGGGUGACUUCCCACACAGUAUGUCAGAGAUGUUUCUCAUCUAUUCUCUGACACUGCUGCUCCAGUGUCCCAGCUGGGGCACUGCUGGGGGUGCAGGAAACCAUCUAUACCCACCUAUCUGGAGGCCUUCCAAAAUCUAGCCAAGAACUAUGAUGAUAAAUAUGGAAGAAUUCAUUUGAAACAAUAAAUAACUAUGACAUAAGAAUUUUAUUUUUUUUUUCAAUCGUAGCCUUACUGAACUCAAGGCAACUUUUAGCCUUGACCUCAGUAAAGACUUUCACCUUUUUCAUUUAUGGAACACCUGAGCUGGAGCCCAUAGCAAACAUGGCUUAAACUUGUUUGACACGAGCAAACUUCAGUGUCCAAUUCUUAACUAAAAAUAGUGAUGUCUGGUAAGUCGAAGGAGUCUGUAAAAUGUUACACUGAUUUAUUUUUUUUAAUACAAAUUUUCUGGUAUGCCAAAUAGAGUACUUAGAUGAUAGGAAAAAUUACAUUGAAUCAGAGCUUUCAUACAAUGGGAAACUGUGUUACCUUGGUAAAAUUGUAGGUGAGGACAACUGAUGGUUGUCACUGCACUAAAAACUUUACUUCAAAUAUCAUUUAGUGGCAGUUUCCUCAGGUUUUUGACAUAAAUCUGUCACCAAAUUCAAACAAAACUGGACACAUCUGUUUUCACUAGAACAGAACUUCCAUGUGUCUUGGUAUUGAAGAGAAGCAAGAAGGUCUGGCACUUCUUCCUUCUGCUGGUUCCUUAAAUGCUUGUUUGAAAGGGAGCUGAUCCAACUGAUUUCAACAGAAAGCAACCUGAGGGUGUUUGUGGCACUUCCUGCAGACAGGAGAUGUGGUUUUGUAUUGGCAAAUGAAAUCUCUCUGCUUCCUCAAUAAAUGAGGUUAAUGUCUGUGUUUCUUUCAUGAGGAUCUCACUUGAAAAGCAAAAGCAAACAGAACACCACCCCAACAUACCAAAACUGGGAUUAAAACAAAAAGAGUUCAUUCAGACCAGAAGUGGGAAAGGCAAAGUGUAGUUGGCCAAGGACAUAACUCACGUUGUGCUGUCAUGUGAGGGAAUGAAAACAGUGUUACUGGGUUUGUUUCAUACUCAGCACACCGGGAUAUGUGUCAUUCAUUUACAGAGGGAAAGGUGGAGUGUGUGUUUUUAAUGAGGAAUUUUAUGGUACAGAUUCAUUUUGUGAAAUAAAUGUGAAGAUAAAUUAUUCCCUUCCUGUGAAGAAAGUUUCUGCUGAUCUUCACUAUUAAAAGAGAGAAUAUAUGUGAUUAACUAAAUUUUAGUUUAAAACUGCACGGGAGCAGUUCUGGCUCUUGUGUUUCUUACAUAAUAAAUUGCCACUUGCUUUAUUUGUCUUUUAAAUAUUUCACGUAGUACAAUUUGACAGCAUCUUAAAAUUGUGGUUAUAUGAAGUAUUUGUUUCCUGACUGGUUUUGAUUAUUUAUUUUUUUUUUAGUGUGAGAGGCAAAGGGAGGCAGAAUUGCUGUAAGAUGCAUGGAAGGAAUACAAGUUAUCAUAAAAUCCUACAAUCAGGCAUUUUUAGUUCAAAUGUUUUAUAGCUGACUACAUUUUCAAAGAAGAAUUUUCAGUGUGUUUUUUACAUACACAUUUGAGAAUCCUACUCUUCAAAUAAGCAAAAACCAAAAAGUUUUCCCAUAAUUACUGUAGUAUCUUAGCAGAUUCUAAAGGAGAAGGAUAGCUCAGACUGACAGCAAAUUUAGUUGUUUUGGGUAACUUUUCCUUUUGGCAGUGUUAAGUUUGCAGUUGAACUUGAUUGGUUCAAAGGUCUUUUCCAACCUAGACAAGUCUGUGAUUGUAAGACUUCAAUGAGACCAGAACUUCCCUCAAAAAAUAGUUUUAUAACUCAGCUACAGCAUUAAGUCAGUCAUUUAAAGUGAAUUCUUGGCACUGAUGAGGAUUUCCUCACUUCUUCCAAAAUUGUGUGAAAUAAGGCAAACCAAACUUUUUUCCCCCCAAUAAUUUUAUGGAGGCAGAUGGUAAAAUAUUGAGAAAUGCCACAAGGAUACUUUUUUGCUCUGUUCCAUUUUUAAAAUGAAUGAACCAGUGGAGUAUUUCCCAAAUGACUAUAUUUGCGUAGGGUCUGGUUGUGCCAUACCUGCCGUGGGAACUCCCAGUAACUGUUCAAUACUGAUGUGCAUCCUAGAGCAUGUGCAAGACUGUGCUCUUCACAUGCAGAUGUUGAUCCAGUUGUGUUUCCUGAAAGGAUGUGUUACAUGAAGCAUUGCUGCAGCCAUGGGAAUUCCUGGCUGUGGCACCAGCAGUAAUGCCAGGCUGGGAUUCCCAGGAAGGGCAUACAGAGGUGUAUUGCAAAAGGGUUGUUUGGUGGAAUACAUUGGGAAUAAUGUGAAUACUUUUGACUAUUAUAUAAUGUCUAGAACAAGGAAAAUGUGAUCAAUUUACAGUUACCAUUCAGUUGGUAUUCAGUUAUUUUACUUUGUAACUCGUGGUUCUAAAACUCGGAAAAUGCAGUGUAACCAAAUGGUCAAUAUGUAAAUGUGUGCAGGACGUGGCAGAAGAAGUUCUGAGGCACAGCUGGAGAGUGAUCAUUUAAAAAUACAUGCUCAGAUUGUGUAUAUACUUGGAAAAUUUUUGAUAGUGCAUUUCAAUUUGUUUUGCAUUUCAUGUUCUUGUAAAGUGCAUCUUCCACACUUCUGAAGAUUGUCUACUUGUACUAUACUGUAUUAAGCCUUUUUUUCAGGAUUUCCAUUAUUGCUGGAGCUUCCAACAUACAUGUUUCUUUUGAAAAAUGUUCUUACUCUUACUUUUUUGUAAAUAGUGUUUUGUAUUAAAUUUGCAUGGAUAAAACCCACAUUUCCAAAACCAGUGUACAUACGCUGUGUAUAAAGUACGAACUGUUUCAUAACUUCCAUGUAGUCAAGUUAUUCAAUUUGAUUUCACUUCAGGUUUUAUAUAUUUGUAGUAAAUAAUGAGAAUCUGUUGUAUGUUCUCUCAAAUGUCUGUGUUGUCAUUUCAAUAGAUCAGUGACCUGCCUGGUUACAUACCAGGAAAUAUGUUUCUUGACAAACUAAAGAAAUACUGAGUCCUGUGCCAGGGACAUGGGACACAUCCACACAUGGACUAUGCUGGGCUUUGACCAGCAGGGAAAGCAGUGGUGAGAAUAUGUGAAGAUCAAGAUGCCUUCACUUGUAGCCCUGCCUUUAUACUCUUACACACUUGCCUGUCUUACACAACAUGAAAACCACCUAAUGUCUUCUGGCCUGUCUGUUUGGAACAACAAGAGUUUUUUGAGUCUUGCUAAUGAUAAGCUUAAUCCAGUAUGGAAACUCCUCCUGACAGAGGUGAUCUGCUUCCCUUCUGUUCCCUGGCAAUAGCACAGAUAAUCUGUGUGAUUUGCAGUCAUUAAUUAGCAGAUCCAGAUUAGGGAAACAGAACUGCCAGAGUUUGGAGCUGUAGUUAAGUUGGGUUAUUCAAAUGGGGGUUAAAAGAGAAUUUUAUGUGAUGAAAUUUAUUUUACCUUAAUUUCUUUCUGAUUAUUUAAAGAUGUGGACAAUUUUAUUUUUAGACUUGAAAGUGCUCUUUUUUAAGAGAUGUUUUCCCCUGUGAGACCUUGUUCUUCACCUGCACACACCCAGCUGCUCCUUGUUUUCUGGUGAAGCACAUUUUGGCACUAUAAAGCAGAAACUGGGGAGCAGCAUUACAAGGAGAGUGAACACCGUUCCUUGACAAGGGCAUCUCAACAGCUGGAACUUUUUUGCUGUUACCAGUAAGGGGUCUGUAGUUGAAAUGUUCUGAGCCUGUUGUUCAGUUUUCAGCUCUAAAAAAAACUUUUCUCUUAUGAAAAGGCUUUUGGAGUGUUAAAGGGGAAUGAUACCGUGUUCAGAACCCUCUGUUCCGCACUGAACUUCAUGAACCACGAGAUUCCUGUCUGUCCUUGGCAAUCUUCAUGGGGAAGGUCACUCUUGAAUAAUCAAAGUAAGCAAAUAACCCUCUGUGAUUCCCACGUGAGAGAAAUGUAAAAGUCACAAAGCUUUGCAAUGUAAUUUUAGUAUUAAUUUGAGCUUGGUACGUUUGAUCAGCGUGCCAAACUUGUAUGUUCCUUUAUCUUUUGAUUAUCAGCUAUGGAUAGUAUGUCUCAGACAUGGACUUUUUUCACUGAGUCGUGAGGUGUUAAAAGUUUGGUAAAUACAUCUCUAAACACAAUGUAGAUGGUUCACAGCACCUGCUCUGGUGAAGGUGCUUCUGGCCGGCAGGCUGCAGUGGGUCUGGCAGUGUGUGAGGACUAAAGGCACCCAAUACACUUAAUGAUCCUCACUGCAGUGCUCCCACCACCCAGUGAUUCUUCAGGAGCAGUUCUUAGGUUCUGCGUAGGUCUUGCUGACUGCAGCAACUUGUGCAAGUCACACCGAGCUUCUGUUUCUUAAAUCAAAGAUGGUGAACUGCUGCUGCUGGAACUCUGCCAUUCAGACUUGGAUCUCCCCCCGCAGUCUCAGGUACCUGCAGUGUCUGUUCUUGUGCUGUGUCUGCCCUUACAGCCUCCCUUCAGGUCCUGAUUGCAGAGCACUUGGACACGUUGCUCUCAGCAGCUGCAGGUUUGCAUUGGCUACAAUCCACUGCAGCCUUUUAACUUUCUCAUUAGGAUCUGUCCACACCAGAGGUGGAUGUAACUCUGGUGCCCCAGGCAAGUGUUGCUGUUCUGAUACUCUGACUUUGUGGAGACUGAGAUUUGGGGGAAAAAAAUUGACUACUCCUCUGUUUUUUCACAGAGUUCUGUUUCUGAUUCUAUGUUCAAACACAUCAGUCAGGUGGCUACAGGUGGCUGUUAGAACCCUUCCAAGAAUAUUUUUUAAAAAGGGGGAAAGUUUAAUGUGGGAAUGACUUUAGCGGAUUAAAUCUGUUGGGAAAAUGUGUAUGUAGUUAUUAGAGGUUUUAAUUAGUUAGGCCUCAUUAAUAAUGAAAAUCUCAUGCUAAUAAUAUUCUGAUUAUAUAGCCAAAGAGUAAAUUAUGCUACAAAUACCUAGUUUUCACAGCUUAUAACACAUUGCCUUCAGAGCUGACCAGUGCAUAACUUCAGCACAAUAGCUCGUAGUUGCUAGUAAGGGCAAUAUAAGAGAAAUAAGAGCCUGUUAAAUUUUCUGAAAUUCACAGGUGAUUCAUUUUACCAUAAUUUUCAAUGUAGUGGGGAAGUAGAACAACUAGACUGUAUCUGUAACUUCUGUGGGGUUUUUUUAGCUAACAUUUAAAUGUGACAGACUUACUGGAAUACUUGUAUUUUUCAGCAACUCAAUAAACA